AUGGCACCUCAUAACAACAACACCAUUGAAGUGAGGAUAAAUAUUAAAGUUGAGAAAGAAAACAACCUCGAAGUGAAUGUCAUGGAAACAUUUAAGGGAAAGGAUCCAGAUGAAAUGACUAACAAGAGAAGAUAUCAAUAUAUGAAGUUAAAAGACGACAACACUUUGCGAGGUGGAAGAGAUAGACAGCUGGAGGAAGUAGCAUUAUUGAAGUUGAAGAAAUUAUUUUUAGCAGAUAAUUUUAGGGUCUAUUUGUAUGAUAAAGGAUCGGUGAAUUCUCAUACUUCAAAUCUUAAGACUCAUUGCUACUACCAAGGAUAUAUUGAAGGAUAUCCGAAUUCUUUUGUCACACUCAGCACAUGCUCUGGACUGAGAGGAAUAUUGCAAUUUGAAAAUGUUUCCUAUGGAAUUGAGCCUCUGGAACUGGCAGUUGAAUUUCAGCAUCUUCUUUAUAAAUAUAAGAAUGAAAUAAAUGAAUUUCCAAUUUUUACUGAAAGUAGCAGAAGCUUAGAAACACAACCAAAGGACCAGAAUAACUUUCUAAACAAAAAAACAGAUUCAACUGCUCCAAACACAUAUCCUCUUUAUCUAGAAAUGCACAUUGUUGUGGACAAAACUCUGUAUGAUUAUUUGGGCUCUGAUGAUGUGAUAGUAACAAAUAGAAUCUUCGAAAUUAUUGGCCUUGUAAAUUUGAUCUUUGCACAAAUUAAAGUCACUACUGUACUGUCAUCAUUGGAGUUGUGGUCAGAUAAAAAUAAGAUUUCUACAGAUGGUGAGGCAGAUGAAAUAUUGCAUAGAUUUUUGGAAUGGAAAAAAUUCUAUCUUACCCUAAGGCCCCAUGAUGUUGCAUACCUAUUCAUUUAUAGGGAAUACCCAAAUUAUAUUGGAUCAGUAUUUCCUGGAAAGAUGUGUGAUAAUCAUUAUUCAACAGGACUUGCUUUGUACACCAGCAAGAUAACUUUGGAGGCGUUUUCAGUCGUUGUUUCCCAGUUGCUGGGAUUUAGUCUAGGACUAUCUUACGAUGAUCCAAAGGAAUGCCACUGUUCAGGAACCAUCUGUCUGAUGAAUCCGGAAGCUGCGCAAUCCAGUGGUGUGAAGAUGUUCAGCAAUUGCAGUCUGAAUGACUUUGAAAACUUCAUUUCAAAUAUGCAUGCCACAUGUCUUCAGAAUAAGCCACUGAUGCAGAGAAAGCCUCCAAUCUGUGGAAAUGGAAAAGUGGAGGGUAAUGAAGUCUGUGACUGUGGAACAGAAGCUAAAUGUGCACCAGAUACCUGUUGUAACCCUAAGACAUGUCAACUGAAGGAAGGAGCCACAUGCCUUAAAGGAUUAUGCUGCAAGGACUGUAAGAUUGCUCAGUCAGGUACUGAAUGCAGGCCCAGUGUCCAUGCUGAAUGUGACAUUCCUGAGUUUUGUAAUGGAACCUCACCAAUGUGUGAACCUGAUAUAACUAUACAUAAUGGACAUUUGUGCAAAAGCAAGAAAUUUAUGUGUUUUAAUGGAGAUUGCCAUGAUCUUGAUGAACGAUGUGAAAAAACUUUUGGAAAAGGAUCAAAAAAUGCACCAUUUAUCUGCUAUGAAGAAAUCCAAUCACAAGUUGACAGGUUUGGGAACUGUGGUUGGGAACUUUACUUUGGAUAUGUAUAUUGUUUAUGGAGUGAUCUCAUGUGUGGAAGAUUAAUUUGUUCCUACCCUAAUCGCAUUCCAAUAAUUAAGGAAAAUGCCGCGGUGAUUUAUGCUUUCGUGCGAAAUCAUUUAUGUGUGACCAUGGCCUACGCACAUCGAGAACCGCCUCAUGAUACACUGAGGAUCCGAAGUGGCUCCCAGUGUGAUAUAGGGAGGAUUUGUGUUGAAGGUGCAUGUGUAGAAUCAAGGAUACUUGAGGGUCAAUCAAAAGACUGUUCCAACAAGUGUCAUGGAAAUGGAGUGUGCAAUUCCAAGGAGGAGUGCCAUUGUUUUGAGGGCUUCAAACCUCCAGAUUGUCAAACUCGGGGCAGAGGAUUUGCUAGAUUGCCUGGGGUAGAGGGCUUAAAUAUGGAAAGCAUAUUUAGAGGGAAUAAAAAGAAAUGGCUGCUUCUAGGUAUCUGCAUUCCCUUAUCCAUUGUUGUCCUAGCAACCCUUACAGCACUCAAAUGGAAAACGUUGAAAAGCUGCUUCACUAAGGAAGAGGACUCACGAAGUAAAGAGUAA